AUGCAUGAUGACGAAAUCGAUUUAGCUAACAUGACGGAAGGAUGUAGCGUCUUAGAGAUGACGACUAAGAGAAGCAGAUGUGAGAAAUUAAAUGGGAGGAAAGAGGGAGCAAUGUUGAUCUUUAUCUUCCAUUGUUGUGUAGGGGGUCGUGGGAGGAAUGGUACUUCCUUCUGUAGAGGUGUCCACCGACCAGCAACAAUUGUUCUUCUCGUCUCGUCUAUGAUCUUAUUAAGGUCAAGAAGCGAUCACGCGGCGGUUAGGCAGAUUCAUUCUGAAUCUAUACCCAACACAAAUAGUGUCAUUUCAAUUUUUUUAUAUGUGAUACUUACAUUCAUCGAAGAUGCAUACUAGUGGAGAAUACAAGAGCGCAGGUGCCAGCCACUAAUCCGCAUCUUUGAUUCUGCAAAUAAUGAUUCGCGCUUCGAUAGUUGAGAUUGCGUAAUAAAUGGAUUUUUUUUCGAGAUUACAGUCAGAACUUGCAUGUUCACAAAUCUUCCUGGUUACAAUUUUGGUUAGGAUUUCGAAUGUUGUUGUGAUAAAAAAUGUACGCCCUCGUCUCCUGCGCGCGCAAGUAUUCGCUCUAGAAUUUCCACGGCGAACGGUAUGUCUCGGCUUUUCGCGGCAGGCAGCUGCAGGCCGCGGGCCGUUGGUCUCACUGGCGUCUCUAUGAGGAGUCUCCCACUCCCUUGCUCUUCCCCCUCGGCACAUCCUGCUGCCCCACGCAAGCAGUACAUCAAUUAAAAGGACUAGAGAGAGCUAACAAACCAAUCAAAUAUGACGAUCAAAAGUUAUCGGACAAAAUUAAAUUCUUAACGAGUUUAACAUAAGUAAUGGAAUUUCGGCAAUAUGCUUCCACCCAUCAUACUAAGUAAUUAGGAAGGAAUAGUGUUUAGCAGGUGUCAACGUUGUAAGCAAGUAUAUCAUUCAGAGAAUACAGCUAAGUACUUGGGUCUAUAUGCUUUGGUCUUCGUCGGACGAGUCACGGUUUUGUUGAUAUUCAUUUCGCGCGUGUGUCACGCUAACACUCAGCUGUGGUAAACUUUCACUCAUCACAUUAUAUCAGAUUGGAUUGAGUUCGAAUUCGUCUUGUCAUGAUGAGGUAAGCCGAGUAGAUACGAAUAACUGAAUUCUGCAUGAACGCAGAUGCAAGCUUCGAU